AUGGACGGGAUCAUGGUCGCAGCCGGUCCACCACCAUGGUUUCAGGAUUUCGAGUCCCGCCUUUCGACGCAGCUCGCAGGUAUCACGUCCGACCUGGCAGGCGUCAAAGGCAUGAUCGACCAGGCGAGGAUCGAGGCACAGGAUGCAAGGAGAGCGGCAGAGGAAGCUCAAAAGAAAGUAGAUAACAUGGAGAUGGAGGUUGAGGGCAUCCGGAACGACCUGGAGGAGUUGUACAUUACCAGGAAGGAGGUGGAGGACAUGUUGAGGGACCAAUUGACGGAGGAGUGGACGAAGGAGGCGUUCUUGAAGGAUUUGGGAGGGCUGGUUAAGGAGGAGGAGUUGCCCGAGUUGGUGGCGGAGGUCUUGCGGAAGACCGGAGGUUCUACGCCAAGGGCAGGCAGCUGGGGUCCAGGGAUGAGGGCGCCUGCUGAGAAGUCCGGGAAGGAGCUCGAGCGCACAAUGGUGAUCGGGGGUUUCGAGCGGGACUCGAUGGGCUCAGAGAUCCAAGAUGGAAUCAAAGCAGGCUACGGGGAUACGGACGGCAACGUGGAGGGCUCCGAGGAGAUCUUGGUCCGGAGCCGUCGGAGCAGCAUAGGUUUCAUCAGGUUCAAGAGCGCCCAGGGCAAAACAUAUUUUUUGACGAAUCUCAAGGAGAAGGGGGAUAUUAUGGUGAAUGGCCGCAGAUUGUGGGCGAACGACGAGAAGGACGAGAUCACACGCAAGAAGGAAUCGUCGGUGGCUACGUUGGUGAAGGAGUUAAAGACGCAUCCUGAAGCUCACCCCGGGGUGGCUGAACGAGUAGACCGUUCGCACGCCAGGGGCAUAGUCUGGAUGGACAAGACGAGGGUGGGAGAGUGGGACCGGCACCGGGAGGAGUUCAAGGUAUCUGUGAUCGACACUUCUAAGCUCAAUCUCGGCUUUUCCGGCGAGGACAUCAUCAAGCAACGGCGUGGCGAAAUGGGCUUGCAGGAAUAG